GACACGGCUGGGGCCCCACAGGGCUCGACUACGAAACUGCAUGCAGCCCCAAAAGCCUGUGGGAAGCUGGAGACCCUCAUUUAGGGUUUAGGGUUCCGGAAGGGUCUUUGCAGUUCAUUGACAGGUGCCAGUUGUUGAUUUCCGUCUUCGAUCGACACGGCGAAGAGGCGGAGGCGCCGCGGGAAGUGUUGUUUGCUGUUGCUGCAGCGCAGCAGCAGCAAAGUUUGUACUUGCAUGCGAAGCUAGAAGUGCCAUUAGAUUUGUUUUUUGAAUCUUUUUUUGAAUCCAAAGGAUUCAAAGUUUUGCUGCUGCCGCUGCAGAACGCAGCAGCAAAUCUUUCCCUCAAACUCAACUCUUCAGACCCGCAGCUCGUCCGCCACUUUGCUGCUGCUCUCCACUUCAGCCCCGAGAUCCUCCAGAGACCCAGUACUGCUGCUGCUGCUGCUGCUGCUGCUGUGGAUGAUGCUGCUGCUGCUGCUGUGGAUGAUGCUGCUGCUGUGGAUGAUGCUGCUGCUGCUGCUGUGGAUGCUGCUGCUGCUGCUGCUGCUGUGGAUCGUGCUGCUGCUGCGAAUGCUGCUGCUGGGUGCCACCUGUUCUCGGAGUCGGAGUGCGUGCUGCCGGACCAAUCGGAGGUUUGCUGGACAGCAGCAAAACACUCAAUUGGAGGUUUGGGGGUUUUUGAAAUUGAAAUAAAAGCAGAACGAAAAACCCUCCACCUCCGACGCCUCCUCUACGUCAUCGUCGGCCUCGACCUCCACAGAGACCCCGGCCACGAGCCGGUGCUGCAGUUCACAGCGCGGGAGCAGGGGGCUUUUGUUGCACUUGGAGAUGCUGCUGCUGCUUCUCUUUAUUCUGUCUCCAAAGACAGUCCUGCUUUCUUUUGCUUCGAAGCAGAGGCUGCUGGGGGCCACCUAAUUGUGACGUUGGAGCCGGACCUUCGCGGCGAGCCUGCAGCAGCAGCAGCAGCAGCAAUUGGGUCCGCGUCAGAGGGUGAGAGCGCAGCAGCAGCAGACGACGAGGCAGCAGCAGCAGCAGCAGCAGCAGCGUACAAGCGCGCUGCUGCUGCAGCGCUGGAGUCGAUUCAGGUGUACGUACAGUCCUGCAACAACGAGACCUUCGCCAAGAGCAUGUGGGCGCCGACUUUGCGGCCCUCUUCUCAGCUGCAUACUGACAAAGGUCAUUUAAAUGAAUUUAAUCAAAUUGUUGCAGUUAUAGAAAACAAUUUGCAUCUUUUCAACAGUCCUUUGUGUCAGUACCGAAUAGGGGUUUAUGCUGCUGCUGCAGCGGCAGAAGCAGCAGCAGCAGCGCCGGAGGCAGCAGCAGCGGCGGCGGCGGCGGCGGACCCCGAGGCGGACCCGGCUGCAGCAGCAGCAGCAGCAGCAGCAGCAGCAGCAGCAGCGCCCGCAGCAGCUCCCGUGUUCUUCAGGAUCCGUGCUGCGCUGCAGCAGCAAGCUGCUGCGCUGCUGCUGCCGCUCAACUCCCCCACUCCCGGCUUUCUUUCGAAGAAGCCGCAAAUCCAAUCUCGAUUUAAUUCAAAAGGAACAAAAAUGUUUAUUUCCGACUUUGCACUUAUGCGGCUUUGGAAGCACAAAUACAAAAACCAGCCCCUCCUCAUCACCCUCCAAAUGUGUCUGUACAUACACCCGGCUGAAGUCCAGGAAGUGGGCUGCAGCGGGAACGUGAACUUCACGUGGGGCAAAAGCCGCGUGGGGGUUCGGGAAGAAUCGGGAAAGAAUUCUUGGCUUGUUGGAGAACUCCAAAACAAGGAAGGGGAGCAGCAGCAGCAGCAGCAGGAGCAGCAAACCCUCAUCAGCCAGGGACGCGUCAGCAGAGUGGUGUGGGGCCCCGAGGUGAACUACCUGGGCGCUGCGCUGCUGCCGCUGCAGCAGCAGCAGCGGGCGGGGUUUGUGGGGAGCCGCAGCAGCAAGUACUCGGUGCUGGUGGAGCCGCUUGCUGCUGCUGAGUGCCUGGCAGCAGCAGCAGCAGACCUGCAGUGGUCUGUGGGGCCCCGCCACUGGCUGCCAAACUUCUUCAACUUCAAAAAUAAUAAAAGUGUUCUUAUCCAUCUUUCCUGGAGUCCCCUUUUGAAGGCCCGAGCUGUCGAUACACUCGGAAAGGGCGGGGUGUCCGAGGAGUGGGCGUGCGCUCCUGCUGCAGUGGCAGCAGCAGGAGCAGCAGUUGGCGAGGCGUUUGUGGUAAUUGGACUUGUGGCGAAGUUUUUAAACCCCGGGGGGCCCCUGGCGGCGAGGCCCUUUGCCUACAGAUUUGCUGAAGUGCCUUCUAGUGCUGCUGCUGCUGCAGUUCGCCGCAGCAGCAUUUGGGCUUUGCUGCUGCUGCUGCUGGCCGUUUUGCUGCUGCUGGCCCUCAAGUACCUCCGCAGGAGCAGCAGAAUCACCCAGCUGCUGCUGCGGGCUGCUGCUGCUGGCAGCAGAAAGGCUUUGGGCCAAAGAAGCGGGGUGGAGCUGCGGGCGUACGGGCCAGUGCCCAGCGUAAUUGGCUGCUCCUACGAAGCAGCAAUGCACGAGGGAGAGCCUGUGGACUUUUCUUCGGGAGAAAUAAAUGAAGUGACGGCGGCCUCUUGGCUGCCUCGCGAGCGCCUCUGA